CUCUCUCUCCUUUUCUUCCUUUUUCCUGGUUCCAGACGAGGACCGGAUCCCCACCACCACCACCACCAGUACCGCCAUUAUUAAACUCUCUGUCUCUCUCUCUCUCUCUCUCUGAAACUCCCUUUUGCUUUUAGUUCUCCAAGAUUCGUUUUUUUUUUUUUGUGUGUGCCGCGUUCUCGUGCGAUUCGGCGGUGAUGAUGGCGUGGCUUUUCGGGUCGUAAUCAUGAGACGAUCAGGACGCUCUCGAGGAGGAGGAAAAACGAAAGCGAGCUCGGCGCACGGUUGCGUCGGGGAACUCCCCCCCCCCAACUCCAAUCACGUCUCUCUGUGACUGCAAGUUAGGUCAGUUCUGUCAAAGAAGCCAAGAAAGUCAACCGUUGAACAACAACAGUUUUGCUACAGGAGUUGACACGUUUUCUCUGAAUAUCUUGUCUUGACCCAGAAGCCUCCAGUUGAUUCAGCAGGAGAGAAUUUGCAGAAACUGCUUCUAUCCUCGACUUCCUUCGCCGUAGCAUCAUCCACCGGAGGGCUGUCGACACCGAAAGAGGCUGGCUUGAUUGCUCGUCACAGAUUCAAUUCGGAUAAACAUAGAGGGGGAUAAUUGGUGUUGCAGAUAACAGAAAGUUAUGGGUUCUUUCAAAGGUCAUGCUCUGCCGGGGACUCUCUUUCUUGUGGUCGGUUUGUGGCACGUGUGGAGCUGUGUGUUCAGGCAUGUGUCGAACCCGAAGGCCUUCCGGGUCCGGGUGUGGAACCCGGUGCCUGGGUUCGAGGGGAAGCUGAAACAUUUGGAGCUGUAUGUCAUUACAGUCGGCGCUUUCAUUGAUUUGUGCAUUGAGCUUCUGUAUUCUCCCCACCUCAAGCUGUUUGUUAAUGGAGUCUUGAACCCAGCACACAUGAACGAUUUUGAGCAUUCAGGAAUGCUCCUCAUGUUCUUCAUCUUCGGGCUCGUCGCUCUGCUCUCAGAGAAAACCAGCUUCCUUCCUUUACCAGAAGGAGCACUGUGCUUGAUCGCUGCCACGGCAUUCUGCGCGGAGUACCUUCUAUUCUACUUCCACUCCACAACGCACAAGGGCCUGGAGGGUUAUUAUCACCUCCUCCUGGUUCUGCUCAUAGGACUUUGCAUUGCUUCCACCGUUGCCGGGGCCCUCCUACCGACCAGUUUCCCCAUUGAUCUCUGCAGCGGCAUUGCCAUAACCUUGCAAGGACUCUGGUUCUACCAGACAGCCUUCACGCUAUAUGGACCCUCCAUGCCCGAUGGUUGCCAGCUCAAGGGCGGUGACAUUGCGUGCAACUCAGUAGAAAGCGAAGCACGUGGUGAGUAUCUUGCCAACGUCCAGCUUUUCAGUCUUGUCCUCGGCGUGCUGGCUUUGGUGGUUGGUAGUUACGGCUUUGCAGCUAGACAGUUUGGGCAUUCCGAGCUUAGGAGCUUGCAUGUAUCUCAAGAGGAAUAGACUGAGAGCACACUAAGUGCAAAUUUCGUAGCUUUUUCACCUUUAGUGGUUUAUUCAUUUGCAGUACGUCAAAGGAAUAAGGGGGCAUUUGGAUGGCUCCGGCAGAUUUUGUGGUGUAUAUUGAUCGGAAUUGCGCAUCCAUAUAAACAAACAACAAGAGAAUAGUAUAAAUCUUUUUCCCAAGCACUAGGAAAACCUCCAAAGAUCUAUUCGGCAGAUAUUUUUUGUUGAAGUUCGUAAA